AUGGAGCCGGUGCCAUCCGGAGGUUCCAGGCCGGACGAGCCGGGGCCUUGCCUGAGUGGCCCGGGAGGCACCUCCCAGGCGACCUCGGCCUACUCGCUAAGCCUUGCCCGGGCCGAGCCGGGGUGCGGCGUGGCGGCCGUGUUGCCGGCGGGGGGGUGCGGGGAGAGGAUGGGUGUUCCCACUCCGAAGCAGUUCUGCCUCAUCCUGGAGAGGCCGCUCAUCAGCUACACCCUGCAGGCAAUGGAGAGAGUAUGUUGGAUAAAGGACAUUGUCGUGGCAGUAACUAGAGAGAACAUGGAAGUAAUGGAGGGUAUUAUCCAGAGAUACCAGCAUAAACGUGUUUCACUAGUUGAAUCUGGAGUGACCCGCCAUAGGUCAAUUUUUAAUGGACUAAAAGCACUGGCAGAGGAGGAGUCCAACUCUAAGUUCUCUAAGCCAGAAGUUGUGAUUAUCCAUGAUGCUGUGAGACCAUUUGUUGAGGAAGAUGUUCUCCUUAAAGUUGUCACAGCUGCUAAAGAACAUGGGGCAGCAGGAGCAAUUCGACCUCUUGUAUCUACUGUCAUCAGUCCAUCUGCUGAUGGUUGCUUAGACUAUUCACUAGAACGUGCCAGACAUACAGCAAGUGAAAUGCCACAAGCUUUCUUAUUUGAUGUCAUCUAUGAAGCAUACCAGCAGUGUAGUGACUAUGACUUGGAAUUUGGAACUGAGUGCUUGCAGUUGGCUCUAAAAUACUGUCACACCAAAGCCAAACUGGUAGAAGGAUCACCUGACCUCUGGAAGGUGACCUACAAACGAGAUCUGUAUGCAGCUGAAUCAAUUAUUAAGGAGAGGAUUUCACAACAGAUUUGUAUAGUUAUGGACACAAAAGAAGAUGAAGAACAUGUAAGUCUUCUUGAAGAAAUGCUGAAAAAUGAAUUAAAACAUGUAAGUGUCACAUCUAUGCCACUGUGUUACGCUGGAAGAGAUCUUCAGCAAGUCAUCUUAGAACAGUGCUACAAUUUUGUUUGUGUACAUGUUAUGAACUUUGAUUUUCAAGGAACCCAGAAGUUACUGAGUAUGCUGGAAGAGAGUCAUCUUUCCAUUUUAUAUCCUAUUGUGGUUGUUUUGGUGCAUUUCAUUGAUUAUAAUUCAGUACCUUUUGGUGAGAAAAUGGAAAACCUAAUGCAUAUCAGGGAAUUGGCAAAGGAAGUGAAAAAAAUAAACAUUUUAUUAUAUGGCCUACUCAUAUAUUACCCACAGGCUGAUCUUAAGCUACAGGAGAGUUUAAGGCAAGGUGCCACCAUUAUUGCUGCCUUAAUCAAAGAAAGAAAUUCUGGACUCAUUGGUCAGCUACUAGUAGCAUGA